AUGGCCAACUUCAUGAGCCUUCCCCACGAACUUCAGGACAAAGUAUACAAGUAUCUACUUACUGAAGAGGUUCAGCCAACAGCUCACAAAUACCCACACAACAUACCCAUCUGCAGUUCAAAGAUGAUGAGAAAGGAAGCUUACAAGGUCUACCUCUCCUCCAACAACAUCAUCUUCGACAACUCGGGCACAGCUUGUCUGUGGCUCGAGCACAUCUCGCCAUACCUCAGCACGCAAGAAGAAGAGCAACCCUUACACCUAACCUUCGACCUGCGUCAUGAUUGCAACCGACCUGCUGGGGAGAAGAAUACACAGGAAGGGGAUCAGAAGCGCCUCUUCCACCUGCUCGGCCAGCGCACGAAGCUGGAUCUGACACUUAGGUCCGGCGGCCAUUUUGUCGGAGACCUUUAUCGUUUCCGUGCCAUGGAUCUUAUGCACGGCUUCGCUUCGGCGACAUCAUCGCCGGCUCCAGCGGUUGAUGGUAGGUGCGCAGCUCAUCGCCAUCUUCAACAGUCUUCCCAUCAUCCAAGCGAGCGUAAGGCUGUGGCGAAUGUGAUGAGCAUCGCGGAUAGACGGGCUAUAGCCUAUGAAGGGCUGCUGGACAACUUCACCUCUGCCUGUCCGGCUGUUUGCCAGCAUUUUGCGGGUGGGAGGACAUGGGACAGCAGGUCGACCAUUCAUCUCGACGUGCGGGGGCUGAAAGGCGAUCCUACAAAUUGCUUCAUUUGCUUCACAAAGGGAGUAUGA